ACGUAAAGGAUGCAAAUAUCUACCGGAUUUCUCAAACUCGCUGCGUUACUCUCGACAAUCGGAUUAACUGCAGCUGAAUGGCGAUACCUCAGUCGACCAGAUCUCCACAUUCCUCGCUUGGAAGUAACCCAGAAUACCGGGAAGACGGCAGAUGGUUUGUUGUUUGUAGCACCGUUCACAGGAUCACCAGUUGAGGAUGAAGAACAUCCACCGCAUCAACCUUCUGCUUACAUUUUAAGAGAAGAUGGUGACCUCGUCUGGUCUGGUUUCGCUAGCUACUACUCAGGAUGGCUUGCAAAUUUUCAGAAGGCUGAAUAUCAAGGUCAAGAUGUUCUUCUCGCUUUUGAGGGUAAGCACAACAGUGCCCAUGGUCAUGGACAUGGGUUGCUGAAGGUUUUGGACAAAUCAUACAAUCACAUCACAUCCAUUAAAGCUGGCCAUGCGAAGUUGAUCGACAAGCAUGAAGGUCAGCUCAUUCACGAUGGUAAAUCUGCCUUGUUUCAAAUUUACCAUCCCGUUCCACGCGAUUUGAGUUCCUUCAAUGGAGGCGAUCCACAACGCGAAUGGAUUGUUGACUCACAGUUCCAGGAGGUUGACACUCGUUCAGGUGAGGUCAUCUUCGAAUGGAAGUCUCUCGACCACGUUCCACCUUCACAUAGCAACAUUACACUCACGAGCGGUCAAGCAGGCAACGGUAUUGGCAGUGUCGAAGCCUGGGAUUACUUCCACAUCAAUUCCGUCGAUAAGAACCAUGAUGGUGACUACUUGAUUUCUGCAAGAGAUGUCAACUCUGUGUACAAAAUUAGUGGAAAGACUGGUGAAAUUAUCUGGACACUCGGUGGUAGGAACGUCAACGAUGACUUUAAGCAUCUAGACAAAGCGUCACAUUUCUCUUAUCAGCAUCACGCACGUUUCCAAGGCGUCGAUGAGGAGGGACGCGAGAUUAUAUCCCUAUAUGACAAUUCCGCUCAUGGAACUGAAACUGAUAUAGGCCAUGCUGUAUUCGACGCCCCAACUUCCUCUGGAAAAGUCCUACUAGUUAACACCGCAGGCGGUAAGAACAAGUGGACAGUUGAGACACGCCAGGCAUUUUACCCACCAGAUGGACUCAUUAGUAAGUCUCAAGGUUCUACACAACUGCUCGACAAUGGCAACGUACUCGUAAACUGGGGUAGCGAGGGAGCUGUCACCGAGUUCACUAGCGACGGCAAAGCGAUAUAUCAUGCCUACUUCGAGAAGGGACAUGGUGCCCAGAAUUAUCGUGCAUUCAAAAACGACUGGCAGUCAGUUAAACCAUCAGAAGAUGCAGCCCUGGUUGGUUAUGUGUACGGGCACCUCGGAAAGCUCAUACUGGCCAGCUCCUGGAAUGGUGACACCGAAGUUGCAAGUUGGAGAUACUACGGUGCUACCAAGAAGGGUGGACCUCUCAAGCAACUCGGUGAAGUCGAGAGAAAUGGCUUCGAGGCAAGGUUAGAAUUGAACCAUGUCAAACAUGACUAUAAGGAAGUCAAGGCAGAGGGAUUAGAUAAGGAUGGCAAGGUUAUCAUCGAAACCUCUCGUGAAAAAGUGGUCGAUAACGCACCACUUCCGCCUGACUACCGUCAAUAUGAGAAUAUUGGAUUAAACAUGGGAAGGAUUAUGAUAUCGACUGGAAUGAAUGUCUUCAGUCACAACUACGGUGUCUUCUGAGUAGUGUCUCUCUAAAACGUG